CACCGGCCCGCCCACCCGUUGCCCUCGCCCCGCCUCUCUCCGAGAGCUACGCGGCGGCGCUGCCCAGGCCUCGUGCGGUAACGGCAUCCGUGCAGCCGCGGUGGCGUCCCGGUGCAGUCCUCAGGCGACGGGAGCCGCGGGCUCGGCGGAGGGAAGUACUAAAGCUGCUGAAAGAUGGCUGAAGAGACAGUGGUGGUGGCCAAAUUUGACUAUGUGGCACAGCAGGAGCAGGAGCUGGAUAUCAAGAAGAAUGAGAGGUUAUGGCUUCUGGAUGAUUCUAAAUCCUGGUGGCGAGUUCGGAAUUCCAUGAAUAAAACAGGCUUUGUCCCUUCCAACUAUGUGGAAAGAAAAAACAGUGCUCGGAAAGCAUCUAUUGUUAAGAAUCUGAAGGACACCUUAGGCAUUGGAAAAGUGAAAAGAAAACCUAGUGUUCCAGAUACUGCAUCUCCUGCUGAUGACAGCUUUGUUGAUCCAGGGGAACGUCUCUAUGACCUCAACAUGCCUGCUUUUGUGAAAUUUAACUACAUGGCUGAGAGAGAGGAUGAAUUGUCAUUGAUAAAGGGGACAAAGGUGAUCGUCAUGGAGAAAUGCAGUGAUGGGUGGUGGCGUGGCAGCUACAAUGGACAAAUUGGAUGGUUUCCUUCAAACUAUGUGACUGAAGAAGGUGACAGUCCUUUGGGUGACCAUGUAGGUUCUCUGUCAGAGAAAUUAGCAGCAGUUGUCAGUAACCUAAAUACAGGUCAAGUACUGCAUGUGGUACAGGCUCUUUACCCGUUCAGCUCAUCCAAUGACGAAGAACUCAAUUUUGAGAAAGGUGAUGUAAUGGAUGUUAUUGAAAAGCCGGAAAAUGACCCAGAGUGGUGGAAAUGCAGGAAAAUCAAUGGCAUGGUUGGCCUGGUACCAAAAAACUAUGUUACCAUUAUGCAGAAUAAUCCAUUAAGCUCAGGUUUGGAACCAUCGCCUCCACAGUGUGAUUACAUUAGGCCUUCACUCACUGGAAAGUUUGCUGGCAAUCCUUGGUAUUAUGGCAAAGUCACCAGACACCAGGCAGAAAUGGCAUUAAAUGAAAGGGGACAUGAAGGAGACUUCCUCAUUCGUGAUAGUGAAUCUUCGCCAAAUGAUUUCUCAGUAUCACUAAAAGCUCAAGGGAAAAACAAGCAUUUUAAAGUCCAACUAAAAGAGACUGUUUACUGCAUUGGGCAGCGAAAAUUCAGCACCAUGGAAGAACUUGUAGAACAUUACAAAAAGGCACCCAUCUUUACAAGUGAACAAGGAGAAAAACUGUACCUCGUCAAACAUUUGUCUUGAUACUCAUCAGCAGUGACUGCUGCACAGCUUUAACUCGUCAUGUAAUUGAAGACUGAGCGCGUUGGGCCAAUUGUACUUGCUUGGAAAGUGCUGGUUCUAACGAGUAUUUUUGUUAUAACUCAACCCAUACAUUUAUCUACAUAUGCAGUGCAGCUAUAUUCAAGAGUUCUUUAUUCUUAGUCUUACUGUCUUUGCUAUUUUUCUCUUCCCAUCUAACAAUUAAGGUUUUGUAUUCUGAAAAAGAAUAAUUUGGUUCAAAAAUCUUUAUGUGGAAGAAUUCUUUUAUUGAUGUUUCUUUAUUUCCUUGUAAAGACAUCCUGUUCUCCCAUAGUUCUUCUUCACAUAAAAUUAUAUCUAUAUGGCAUAUGCUAAAGUACAUUUCUUGUAAAGUGUUAAUCUUUUCUGUGACUAAAUAGCAAUAAUAAACAGGAAACCUAGAAAUGAUUUCCAGAUAGUGUAUCUGUCACAAGCCAUUGUAAAUACAAAAUAUGUUGUUUGUGCCUUCA